GGGCUGUGGGAAGUGGGGGGUCGCGGCGAGCGCAAGCUAACUGCUGGGAAUCCCGGGCGCCCGGGCUGAGGGCGCAAGGGUCGGGGACACCGGGGCCCUCAGAGGGGCCGGGCUCCCUACCCCACCCCUCCCCCCACGGUGGCCCGUAAGGGGCCCGGGCCCACCAGCACCCCCCACUCCCUGUCUAGGUUUUUAGAAAUAGGCCUAUAUUUGGGGGCAUGAAUUAACCAGGCGCCCCACUCCAUGAGACCUCCGUGGGGGUCGGAUCCGUCGAACCCCUUAAGUGGAUUAUGUCUACUUUGAGAAUUCCUCCAGCAAUCCCUAUCUAAUCAGAAGGAUAGAAGAACUCAACAAGACUGCAAGUGGCAAUGUGGAAGCAAAAGUAGUGUGCUUUUAUAGACGACGAGAUAUUUCCAACACGCUUAUAAUGCUUGCGGAUAAGCAUGCUAAGGAAAUUGAGGAAGAAUCUGAAACAACAGUUGAGGCUGACUUGACUGAUAAACAGAAACAUCAGUUGAAACAUAGGGAACUCUUUUUGUCACGCCAGUAUGAAUCUUUACCUGCAACACAUAUCAGGGGAAAAUGCAGUGUUGCCCUUCUGAAUGAGACAGAAUCAGUGCUGUCAUAUCUUGAAAAAGAGGAUACCUUUUUCUACUCAUUGGUCUAUGACCCCUCAGUGAAAACACUGCUAGCUGAUAAAGGUGAAAUCAGAGUGGGACCCCGAUACCAAGCAGACAUUCCAGAAAUGCUCUUAGAAGGAGAAUCAGAUGAGAGGGAACAGUCAAAGCUGGAAGUUAAAGUUUGGGAUCCAAAUAGCCCACUUACAGAUCGACAGAUUGACCAGUUUUUAGUUGUAGCACGGGCCGUUGGGACGUUUGCCCGAGCCCUUGAUUGCAGCAGUUCUGUGCGACAGCCCAGUUUACACAUGAGUGCCGCCGCAGCUUCACGAGACAUCACUUUGUUUCAUGCUAUGGAUACGUUGUAUAGACACAGCUAUGAUUUAAGCAGCGCCAUAAGUGUCUUAGUACCACUUGGUGGACCUGUUUUAUGCAGAGAUGAAAUGGAGGAGUGGUCGGCCUCUGAAGCUAGCUUAUUUGAAGAAGCACUGGAAAAAUACGGGAAAGACUUCAAUGACAUACGUCAAGACUUUCUUCCUUGGAAGUCACUGACUAGCAUCAUUGAGUAUUAUUACAUGUGGAAGACUACUGACAGAUACGUGCAACAGAAACGUCUGAAAGCAGCAGAAGCUGAGAGUAAGCUGAAACAAGUCUACAUCCCAACUUACAGCAAACCAAAUCCCAACCAAAUAUCCACCAGCAAUGGCAAGCCUGGGCCUGUGAAUGGAGCAGUGGGGACCACAUUCCAGCCUCAGAAUCCCCUCCUAGGGCGAGCCUGUGAGAGCUGCUUUGCUACACAAUCUCACCAGUGGUAUUCUUGGGGCCCACCUAAUAUGCAGUGUAGAUUAUGUGCAACUUGUUGGCUUUAUUGGAAAAAAUACGGAGGCUUGAAAAUGCCCACCCAGUCAGAAGAAAAGUUAUCUCCCAGCCCAACCUCAGAGGACACCCGGGUCAGAAGUCACAUGUCCCGCCAGGCCAUGCAAGGGAUGCCAGUCCGAAACACUGGCAGUCCAAAGUCUGCAGUGAAGACGCGUCAAGCUUUCUUCCUUCAUACUACAUAUUUCACAAAAUUUGCACGUCAGGUCUGCAAAAACACUCUCCGGUUGCGGCAGGCAGCAAGACGGCCAUUUGUUGCUAUUAAUUAUGCUGCCAUUAGGGCAGAAUAUGCAGACAGACAUGCUGAACUAUCUGGAAGUCCCCUGAAAAGCAAAAGCACUAGGAAACCUUUGGCAUGUAUCAUUGGGUAUUUAGAGAUCCAUCCUGCGAAGAAACCUAAUGUAAUCCGAUCUGCACCAAGCCUGCAAACCACAACUACCAAGAGGAUGCUAACUACCCCGAACCACACGUCUCUGAGCAUUCUGGGGAAGAGAAACUACACUCAUCACAACGGCCUGGAUGAACUCACAUGCUGCGUGUCAGACUGAGCCUCCCUAUCUCAUCCAGCAAUCCAAGACUCGCUGCCCUGCCCUGCACUGCUGUCCACAGCCCAUGCCUGGGACAAAGGCAGCCCCAUCCGCAGUACAUUUUGGGGGAGAACUCGUGCGCUGCCUCCUGAAGAUGCAGUGGAGGCAGGGGAAGAAGCUGGGGGAGUGCGCACCCCACAGGCUGCAUCUCCAUGUGUGCAUCAGUGGCACCUUGCUUUCCUCCCAGAGACCUCGCUGUCUCAAUGCAGGACCUGCCUGAGGAACAGAGUGCGGGGUGAGGAAACCACCCCCCACACUCACCCCUCCACUUGGCAGCAGGAACCACGGCUCCUUGGGGGCCAUGGAGGCUGCUGGGGGCUCAGAACCGCUGCCUGCAUGUGUCAGCUCCGCUCUGUUUUCUGCUCUGUAAUUCUGUACAGAAGGGCCAUGGCUUCAUUCUAAUGGAGUUUUCUUAAGAAUGUGCCAGUGUUUAUGCAGUUGAUGAUGUCUCCCUGGCCUCACUAUUAAUGUCGCUUGGCUUUUUCUCAGUAGGUUUCUCUAUUUUUCUUAAGCAGGGAAACUCCACGUUUCCCCCUCCAUCUGGUAUUGGACCUUUCCCCACACCUCCACCCCUGCCUUUCCGAGGUACAGAAUUCCCUGAGGACUGACUCCCUGAGGAAGCUGCAGUGGUCAUCUGUGGUAAGCCUGCAAACUCUUCUCAUCACCCAUGUUUGUCGUGGGAGAGCACUGGUGUUGUGCCAGGCUCUGCUCAGCUCCAGGCUGCUGCAGCAAUAGCUGGUGUGAGCCAUUCCUAGCCUGAGUGGCACAGUGGUGAGCCAUUUGCAGACUGGCUGAGGAGGAACCACAGCCGGGUGGCUGCUGAGCCUGGUACG